GCACCAUCCCCCAAUCAGCACGAGCCAAAGCCCCGAGCACACACAAAGAGCCGCCUCCAACCGCUUCGCCUCCGCUUCCGCCGCCGGCCAUGUCGCGCUUCUUCCGCGGCGCUGCCCUCGCCGCCGCAGCGGCCGGGGGCCUGUCCUCUGCAGUAGUCUCGUGGAACCUCUCCUCGCCCCUCCCGCUCUCGGCCUCCCCCUCCUCUUCCCCGUCGACGUCCGUCGGCCCCGCCGCCGCUGCCACCGGCCACCUCGCCCUCGUCCGCGCGCACCCGGGCCUCCGCGAGCUCGGCGCGAUGCUCACACCGUCCUCCUUCUUCGUCGACGCCACCCAGGCGCUCCUCGCGGGCGCUCUGCGCUGCGCGCCCCUCUACCCCAGCACGCUCCGGCAGGGCCGCGACUACCUCACUGCGCAGAUCCUGUCCGCGGAGUCGGAGGGCCACGCGGCGUCGGAGGAGGCGGCGAUGGACCGGAUCAACAUGGCCCUCCUCGACGCGCGUGACGGCCACCUCGACGACGCGAGCGACGCCAUCGCGCGCCUCGCCGCGGAGCGCCCCGGCGACACCACCUCGCGCCUCUACGCUGCCGCGCUCUGCCACGUGCUCGGCCGACACGAGGAGGGGACGCGGUGGCUCCACGACGCCGCAGUGCCCGACCUUUCCCGCCUCGAGCACAAGAUGCCGUUCGUUGAGGGCGUCCUUGUCUCCACGGUCGGCUCCGCGCCGCGCGCCGUCGCGGGCUCGGAGGAGCUGGUCUUGCGCACCACGCUCGGGCUGGUGGAGCUGACGAUGUGGUCCAUUUUCCAGCACGGCGAUCUGCCGGAGAGGCUUCAGGUGUUGGCGUUGAUGGUAUUCUUGCGGGGGGCCGUAGCGAGGAAGUUAGGCAGAGAUGAUGGACCAGCACCGCCGGAGGGAUCUCAGGACGCAUCGUCACCCCAAGCUUCCUAG